GCUCCGAGAUGAUCUUGGUGAGCGCUGCAGACGAGCGUGGGCCCGCCUUUGCGUUUGCGCUUGCGCUUGCGCUUGUUCCGCUUGCGCCUCUCACUCACGCUCAGCACACUGUCGCUGUAACAAUGACAAUUAUGCUUUGGCACUGUACUCGGGCCGCUUACCUCAAAGUUGCCAGCAUAGCGAGGGAAGCACAAGCUUAAAGAGUACCUUACCCGUUCUCGCAGUAACAUCGAACCUCAUAUCGGCGCUACUGUGCGAGCAGAAGUGGUGCGCGAAAGGGGCCGGCGGAUGCUGGCAAGAAGAUAUCCACGCUUUGUUUGCCAAGAAAAAAAAGUCAACGUGGACGACGGCCGUGGUGCGUCGAUCCUGGAAUAGCGCGCAUCUUUGCCCUCGAGGUCGAUGCAGAGUCGAGGGCUCGUCGAAGAAGAGGCGAAAAGGUGCCAGAGGAGAUAGAUGUACAGUAAGGUAGGU